AUGUCUACCGUCCCCAAGCCUGGCCCGGCCAAACUCCUGCCAGGAGCAGGGCUCGAUGAGUGGCUCGAAGAAGCCAAACAAUGUCACUACCUCCCGGAAGCUGUCAUGAAGCAGCUCUGCGAGAUGGUAAAAGAAGUCCUCAUGGAGGAGUCCAACAUACAACCUGUUGUAACACCAGUCACAAUCUGUGGAGACAUCCAUGGCCAAUUUUAUGAUUUACUUGAGCUUUUCCGUGUUGCUGGCGGUAUGCCCGGGGAGACUCAUGUCGAGGCCCCCCAGACAUCGACUACAGUCAUUAGAUCUGAAGAUAUCGAACCCCCAACCGAAAUAACAAAUCCCAAGUUGAAGAAGAAGAUAAAGAAUGCUGGGUCAUCUGGUGAAGACGAUGAGGAGGAGGAGGACAAUGCGAACACCUCAUCUGAGAAUGUUCAAAGAUCAGGCACCCCUGACUCUGGUGUUGGUGUCACUUCGUCAUCACAAUCAGCAGAUACUCGCUUUGUCUUCCUCGGAGACUUUGUCGACCGAGGCUACUUCAGUCUCGAGACUUUUACACUUCUUAUGUGCCUCAAGGCGAAAAUAGUCCUCGUCCGUGGAAAUCACGAAUCUCGUCAGAUUACACAAGUGUACGGUUUUUACGAAGAAUGCCAGCAGAAAUAUGGCAACGCAUCUGUAUGGAAAGCAUGUUGUCAAGUGUUUGACUUUUUGGUACUUGCUGCUAUUGUUGACGGCACCGUGCUUUGUGUACACGGUGGUCUCAGUCCGGAGAUCCGAACCAUCGAUCAGAUCCGAGUUGUGGCUCGUGCUCAGGAGAUUCCGCAUGAAGGUGCCUUCUGCGAUCUCGUAUGGAGUGACCCCGAGGAUAUAGAAACUUGGGCAGUCAGUCCACGCGGUGCUGGAUGGCUUUUCGGUGACAAGGUUGCGACGGAGUUCAACCAUGUCAAUGGUCUGCAAACCAUCGCAAGAGCACACCAGCUCGUGAACGAAGGUUAUAAGUUCCAUUUCCCCGAGAAGUCCGUCGUCACCGUCUGGUCUGCGCCUAAUUACUGUUACCGAUGCGGUAAUGUUGCCUCAAUAAUGACCGUGGACACGACUCUAGACACCAAGUUUAGCAUUUUCUCUGCCGUUCCUGACGACCAACGACACGUCCCAGCUGGCAGACGCGGACCGAGUGAUUAUUUCCUUUGA